GUAUAUUAAAAAUUUAAAACAAUAUAGCCUCGAGAAUUACUUCAAAAUGACAGAUUUAAAUAAUUUCAAUUACAGGCCUUAACAUCGCAUUCUAAUUGAAGCUCAUUUUUGCACAGCACAGAUUUAACGGACAUGUCUAUUAGACUGAACGACGACGCGAUGCGCCAGUUUCGGGUGGCCAAGGUGUUCCAGGAGAGGGACCACCACACGCUUGCAAUGGAGUUCUCCUCAGACGGACUGCGCCUGCUGGUCUGCGACCACUCCGCCCUCUCGAUCUUCAGCAGCACUCGACAGGUGGAGCUGUGCAAGGUGCACAUGCACCACUACCUGCCCGACGUGGCCUGCUUUGUCCAGCAGGACACUCGCGUCCUGCACUCCACUUCAAAGCAUGACUACACCAUCCGAUGCCUGGACCUCAAUACCCGCCACUGCGUUCGAGUUUUCGGGGGCCAUGCGAAGACUAUAAAUAGGCUGGCCUCUCAGCCUGGAAGCGAGAAUGUGUUCAUCAGUGCCGGGCGGGAUGAUCAGGUUUACAUGUGGGACAUUCGGGCCGAAACUCACACACACCGCAUAAACAAUCUGCGGCGGCCACUGUGCGCCUUUGAUCCUGCCGGCCUGUUCCUGGCCACCAGUUCGGGUACGGAAGCCAUCCAGAUCCACGAUGUAAGGAUGCUGCGCGAGAAGCCGGCCCAGAAGUUCGUAUACCAGGUGAACGCCAAGGCCAAUUGGACGCAGUUACAGUUCGCUCCCAACGGGAAGAGCCUGCUGCUGAGCACGGACCACUCCUGGUGCUUCAGUGUCUCGCCCAUUGAUGGUACCUACCAACAGUCAUUUACGGGCUAUUCGAGUAAGGUAAGGCUGCCAUUGGAUGCCACUUACACGCCGGACUCGCAGUUCAUCCUUUCGGGAGCGCAUAAUGGCAGGAUUCACAUUUGGCGCGCUGCCGAUGGAUUUCCUGUGGCAGUCCUUAAGGGCAACAAUGUGGGUCCUGUUCGAUGCAUACGCUUCAAUCCGAGAGCCACCAUGUUCGUGAGCAGCGACUGGCUGCUCGCGUUCUGGAUGCCCAUGGCGAAUGGAGUUUACGAUUGGGUGAAACGCCUAAAGCCGGGCGAAACUAUCUCCUUUACGGACGAAAAUGUACAGAAGGAGGCUGUCAAGGCUCCCAGGAAGAUUCCUAUGCCCAAGCCCAAAAUUGACACGGAAUGGAAAAUAAAGGCACUGAACAGAAAGAGGGCUUGCACCGAAGAACCAAUAGUGGAUCUCACCAAUGCCUUGGUCAAUAAGGACUCCAUGGAAGAUGGCGAAAUAGCCGAAGACUAAAAUGUGUACCGAUCUCUUGGUAGAAUAAAAGCAAGGGUUGUUCAUCAGCUGGCUGCUGGCCAAAAGUUUGCAGACCAACUCGCAGCGGGGGAUCACCCAAACUUCCUGGCCAGUCCUUAUGCUUUUGAGACACAAAUUGUUGAGUUUUGCCAGCAAAUUGCACAGCUGGCUGCGUUCGACUCCGAAAAGGAGUUCGUGGUGUGGUGGGCAAACUUUUGGCCAAGUUUCGGCUGUGUGUAUGUGUUCUCCUGCAGCUUUCUGACAAGCGUUUCAUUUAGUUUCU